AUGAAUCUCGAGACCGGGGAGAGUUUUUGCAGUAAAUGCGCAAGAUUCUAUAUCGCCGAUGACUUCCAAAUUAACAAACAGGGGAAGCGAAACAAAACUUGCAAGCGCCACACAAAAAAACGCGUCACGUCGUUCGACGCUUGGGAUGAUUUCAUUGCUCUUCUUCGGAAUUGGAAGAAACCAGACCAAAACACUACUCUGAAUGGGAAUUUUACGUUCUGCCUGGAUGCUCUCCCGGUCAAUUUCGGCUUUCUACGCGUUCUUAGCAGUGCCCACGGCAACGAGAGCAAUACCUAUUUUGACAGAUUUCCCAGAUCCGAGGUUAACACGGCAAUGCGUGAACUGAGUGACAUAAUUUGGAAAGCAGGAGGAUUUCGCUUCAAACACACGGGAACUAAUCAAAAUUUCGCGUAUACCUAUCACUGUUCGCAAGAUCUGAUGCACGCAAGAAGCUAUCAAUCCGCCGUUGAGGCAGAGAAGCAGCGGGAUGGCCGCAGUAUGGCGCGAUUCCCGUGCAAGAGUAAGCUCAAUAUGCGGCCAUGCUUGCAAGACCGAACCCUUAGCCUUUCAAUUCACCACGAAUGGCAUACGCCGUAUGAAGAUAUCGAACUGCCACCAAUGGUGCAGGGACUAAUUAACUCGCGCGUUUCAAGCAAGACGCCUUCAGAAAUCUACCGCGAGCUUCGAGAUAUUCCAGAAGCGAGAACAGUAACAAGACAUCAAGUCUAUUAUCUCUGGCAGAAGGCAAACUCGGAGAUCUGGCGCCGAGAUGCUGAUCCUUUGGUGUCCGCGACGAUGCUCCUUUCCGAGGACCAUCGCUAUCGCGACCACCAUAGUAUCUUUACCGCAGGAAAUGUAAGGGCACUAGGUUUUUUUGCUUCUGAGCCUAUUAUGAGGGUUACUAAGACGACUCCUCAAUUAGUGAUGGAUGCCACGUAUGGAACCAACAGCGGUGGGAUGGACCUUUUUGCUGUUUUAGCCGAGGUCGAAGGCACCGGCGUUCCUCUCGCAUACUGCCUCGUUGAACUGGUCAAGCCUCAGAAUCCCACGGACACAAAACCAUCCAGGGCAGACCCGGGAGCCAUGACCCGCGUUAUUCAACAGUUCCUAGAGCGACUGAAAGGCUAUGGGCUCAAUCCAGGGAGCUUCGCAAUUGACAAAGAUCCGGCGGAAAUUGGGGCCGUUCAUGCGGUAUGGCCCGGCAUCACGAUUCAGCUUUGCUAUUGGCAUGUCAAGCGGGCUGUCAGCACGAAGCUGAAUUCAUCCAAAGGCGCAAACGUGCUGAGCCACUACCGUCCGGAAGAAGCGCAACAGUUAAUUCCGCACCUCGAGAUUUGCUGGGGCUCUAUUCCUAUCCGGCGACCGGUCAGCCAUCGAUACGGCAGGUGCGAUUGUCCGUCAAAAGAUGAAAGUAUUGAAGCGAAUGGGAGACUGGAACCAGCAACAAAAGAGGAGCGAGAUACAGUUCUUGAAAUAUUCUGCCGCCAUUUCAACCUCCAUCCGCUGAUCCCAGAUCUCAAUGGCACCUACAAAUCCUCGAGUACGCUGCAUCGAGAAUGUGCGGUUGAGAUGUAUACGUGGUGUAAACUUCGUGGGUAUUAUCGUCUCUGGGCGUACCUGUACGUUAACUGGUAUUGCAAGGAGCAGUGGAAGCUAUGGGCGCGAGCGGCUGAUCCCAGUCAAAUCCCCGUAGUGAAGACGACGAUGAUUGCCGAGUCACAUUGGCGAACGCUGAAGCAUGACUAUCUUCAUCGAUUCAACCGACCGCGCGUGGACCUAGUCGUGUGGAUUUUGACAUCCCGCGUCCUUCCUGAUGCAGUUCAUCGGAUGAGAGCCAUUUCGCGGGGCGAGUUUCGAAUAUUCAAAGCCCGGUGGCGGGAGGCAUUCAAGAGGCAGUGGAGAAAGGAAUCUUGCAAGGCCGUUGAUCCAGAGAAGCUGAGGGAAUACCAUACCGAUCCUGUCAAUUGGGUGUGUGCUUGCAAGUCCUUUUUGCUUAGUCGCUUCCUUCUUUGCAAGCAUGUCGUGCAUUGCUUUGAGUCACCGGGCGCAGAAUUUUUUGAAAGUGUUCGUCGGCGAACGACGUACCCUUUCUGGAAAGACGAAGGACUAAAUCUGUUGCCUGAAUACGUGCCGCGAGUGGAAAUACCUCAGCGACUCCCGGAGAACGAUUCUAAAGAGUUGGCAUUCGAUUCCGAGAGUGAUUCAGGGCGAGAUGAGGAUGCUGAUGAUGAGCCAGAUGUGGUGCCCAUCGCGAUCAAGGUUGAGGAGUUCAGAAAAAAGAUGAGGGAUGUUAUGGCACUUUUUGAUGAGCAAGUGGUGAAAGGAAGUGAAAAGUUUAUUGAACGAUUUAUAGCUUCAAACGAAAUUAAUUGUCCGUCGGCAGGCUUACAGCGGUUUGAGACCCGAGCGCUCCGGCGCACUCUGAAAUUGUGGCUUAGCGAGGCCGAAGUGUCGCGUGAGAGGAACUGCGUGUACCACGUGCUGGACCACGACUACACUGAAGCUCAUAUUUCGCUAAAGGCGUUGAAGGCGCGAGAUUUGGCUCAGGUCCACGUUCUGAAGGAGAUAUCCAGCGAGUUGGCGGUCGAUGUCUUCCUCGCGCUACUAGAAAAGGAGCAGAUGGGAAGCUGCGAGUACAACCAUUGGGACAGGAGGUACGCCAGGUAUAAUUACUACAACGACGACGACGAUGACGAUGAACCCAGCUAUCACAACCUCGAUGAAGUUUUCCAGACGAGCUAUGCAGUGAAGACCCUUGUCGACUUGGAGGGCCAUGUGGUGACGCAGGGCCUGCACCUCCAUGAAGAUGACAUCCUCCAAGAAGACUGCUUCGAGGACCUUGAAGCGGAAGAGGAGUACGAAGGGUAUAUGGGUAACUCGGGCCCAACGGCGACGCACUGGUAUCGAGUGACGGCUGUCGUCAUCGUUCCCCGUGAUUCGCUUGUGUCUUUCUUUAAUUCCUACGAUCGUUCUGGGUACUUUUCAUCCCACGAGAACCUAAAGGCACAGAUCCGGUAUUUGGCUCGAGCAUGUUUGCAGCCACAGGCCCCCGAGUCUUCGGUCAACACGCUGGUAAAACUAUCUGAGCAGGCGUGGAACAACUGCGACAAGACCACCAACGGCUUUGGCGCGCAGGAACCGUCGAUUGAUGGGGACGGCAUACGGGACGUCCUUAAGGCUGCGAUCCAGCACAGAAAAUAUACUUUCUUUGAAGAGGCUGCUGGCCAUCACCAAGGCCUUCUGCCGCUGGAUUUCUUUGUCUGGAUGCGGCAGUGGUUGAGUACUGGCAGCAGUGGCACUAAUGGACGGUUUAAUGCUAUUCGAAGGGGGAUAUCCUCUGCCAUUUCCUCAUACCCUUAUUUCGCCGACCAAUUUAGGGCCAUCACGAACUUCGUGCCCAUUCCAAAUGAAGCUUUGACUCCUGACACUUGUGCCACUCCUGAUUACAUUCUGGACUGGGCUCGUGAAAAACUCCGCUUCUGCCUGGAUGCCUGCGCGUCCAAGUAUUUAGUCUGA